GUUAAGAAACAGAAGAUACGCUUGUUUUUAUUAUCUUAUUCUUGCUUCUUCACGGAUUUUCUGGCCGACUUUUUGAAGUUUUCUAGUGACGCAGUGGAAGAAGACUUAGUUUGGUUUGGUUGUUUAUUGAACUGGUUUUUCAUGGGUUGAAUGACUACUUUAAAAUGGGGGCUUGAUGAUGAUGCUGGGAUACAUUUAUUAGACAUAUUUCCUUACUCUAGCUGUUCUUCUUUAAAUUACUUACUCAGCUUGGGACCUUGGGUUUGAUUUAGACUACUAGUUAUAUGAGGAUGAUGAAAAGGGUUUCUUGGCUUAGAUGGAUUCUGUUCAUGUUCAUUGCAAUCACUAACAUCAGUAGUGGUCACUGCUUAUCAUUUCCUGGAAUUGUUCUCCUCGGGCACAAGGGCAGCAGCAUAGCAAUGAUGACACAUAACAGAAAAGUUCUGGAGAAGAUUUAUAGUCCAAGCACCAAGAGCAACAGUGCAACUAGUGAAAAUGUAAACCUUGAGGACUACUCUCCUAUUGAUCCUGUACCGACUUCGAAAGCCGCCAUAAAAUCAGCACCAAUUCAGCACGGCGCUCCUCUUAUGCCCUACAUUCCUAAGCCACCAGUAUCCCCAAUUCCCCCUAAGAAAGGUGCAUCUCCUGCACCAGCUUAAAACUAUUUACUACUACAAUAUGU